GAAUGUAAACAAACUUGUGUUGCGGAACGAUGGCCGCUUUUCGUCGAGAUGUUUUGAAAGAAGCCUUUCUUAUCCGGUGUACUGGCCUGUCUACUAUUUAUAAUAUUCGCUUCCUGUUAAAUAACGCUUGUAGCAGACGACACACACACAUCGUAUCGUCUGCUCAAACUGAAUUCACCGCAUGACGUAAGAUAACACUUCACCGUUUUCGUUUUUAUAUUCCCUGGGAUUAUUAAGAAUGUCGAUGUUCACAAGUUUUCUAAAGAAGCAAAAGCUGGCAGUAGUUUCAUUUAUAAAUGAUAUAAAGGUAUUCGAAGUCGUACGGGACAUGGAAAUAGCAGAAUUUAUCAGCGAUAAUCGGCAGGCAUUGGUGAUCACUGUUCUGCUAAUUAUAUUAUGGCUGGUGGUGUUGAAACGACCACGAGACAUACCCCCUGGGCCAAGCUUCUCCCUCCCCGUGCUGGGCGACAUACUCCGGAUAGGGCGCGACCCGCUGGAGAGGUUUCGCGACAUGAGGCGGCGGUAUGGCGAUGUGUUCAGCUUCUACAUGGGCAAUCGUCUGGUCGUCGUCCUGAACGGCUUCGACGUCAUCAAGUCGGCGCUCGUCACCCACGCUGACGUCUUCAGAGACAGACCUCACAUGUUCAUGAUGGACGAGAUCUGCGAGGGAAAAGGUAUUGUCGCUUCAUCGGGGAGAGUGUGGAAGGAACAGCGGCAGUUUGCUCAGACCACGAUGCGGAUGUUGUCGUCUGGCGCACACACCCUGGAAACGAGCAUCCAGGAGGAGGCCAGUCAGCUGAUAGACGCCUUCGACCAGCAGACGGCGACCUUCGACCCGCAGACGACAACCUCAGACCCGCAAACGGCGACCUUUGACCCGCGCGCCCUCAUCGAGGGUGCCGUCUCCAACGUCAUGUGCACGCUCUGCUUCGGUCGGCGGUUUCGGUACGACAACCUCGAGUUCGUGGCCUACCUGGACGCGGUGGCCGAGUCUUUCAAGUCGUUCCACGCGACCCAGAUCCUCAACAUCUUCCCGUGCCUAAAGUACCUGCCCGGGGACAGGUUCCUGUACAAGCAGAUGAUGAGACACAAGCACUUCGUGGAGCACGACUUUCUGGAGCACAAUAUCGCGGAAAUCAGCGCCGCGGCAGACGACCGUCUUGACGCCACCAACUUCACUGAGGCCUACCUCCGCUCCAUGCGACAGGCGCGAAGCGAGGGACGAUCGUCGUCAAUGGACGAAUUGAAUCUUAAGCAAAGCUUGGGGAAUAUUUUCACGGGCGGAACCGAAAGCAUGACCGGGACGUUGUGCUGGGCUCUACUCUACUUCAUGGAAUACCCCGAGAUCCAGGAGCGGUGCUUCCAAGAAAUAAGGGAGCAAGUCGGACUGGACAGACGGCCGACGAUGAAAGACAAAAUCAGCUGUCCCUUCUUGGCGGCCACCAUCAUGGAGAUACUACGUCACGCUGACGUGUCACCGCUCGCGGUUGCGCACUCCGUCUCGGAGGACUUUGUUUUCAUGGGGUACAGAAUUCCCAAGGAUUCCAUCGUGUUGCCGAACAUCGAUUCGGUUAUGAGAGACGAGGAUAUCUGGGGGGAUCCAGUGAAGUUUAGACCGGAGAGGUUUCUCGACGGGUCGGGAAAAGUUUUGAAACCGGAAAAAUAUAUUCCAUUUUCAAUGGGUCGUCGGAUCUGUCUGGGAGAAACGAUCGCCAAGAUGGAACUAUUUCACUUCCUGUCCUCGCUGCUCCAGAGGUUCCGGUUCGAGCGACCAUCAGACGGGGACCUGUGUUUUGAGGGAGUCCUCGGACUUACGUGGGCUCCCAAACCUUUCAAGGUGAAGGUCGUACGACGAAUGUGACUACACGCCUUUAAAUGCAAGAACUGUAUACAUUCAUGAUAUCCCUAUGUUAGUUUCCCGUAUGGUAGUCUCGUUCGCGCAGUCUUUGUUCAAAUAAAUGUCUGCGGGGAAAAUAACAUUCUAAACAAAACAAAACAAAAUAGAAGAAGAAAACAAAUGAAGAGAGAAAUAUGCGGGGGUUUAGGUUUGUUUUUGUGUAUACGGAAAGAAAACAGAUAUUUUAGAGUAAGGUCGCAAAGAAAAGUUUCUAGGAGUUUCUAAUGGUUUCGGGGAUGUGCUCCCCAGUAUAUGUUUCAAAACUAGAUGUCCUGAAACGCAAUUUCCUGCAUUCUACAAGUAAAAUUCAUCUCUUCCGUAAGAUUUACUACCAAUAAUAUUUUUGAUUCAGAAUUAUCCAGCACCCCACCCCACCCCCUGCUCCGCUGUGCCUGACCACACGCCAACGUGAGAAAAAUUAAAAUGUGAAAGUGUU